UUUAUCCGCAAACGAUGAAGCGAUGACCACUGGUAUUUAAAACCCCUGGCAUCCCUUGCCUUCAAACUUUCUUUAUUUUUCAAGGAGGUUACGAUUUCAAUCAUUUCCGGCUUUUAAUACCCUGACACGAGCUGACAAAAUUUGUGUGCUAUAAGCCUGUGUAUUGAAGAGGCAUAUUCACCCUUAUUAUCAAAUUUGCCACUGUGAGCCCGAAUAUGGCGAACACUGUCAGCGAAAUUAAGUCUGUCACAAACGCAACUGAUGUUGCGGCAUCCGACUCGACCGGAACUCACGACUCCCAGAUGACUCCUGCGGGCUCUGUCGCAGAUUAUGUCGUUAGCCCAAACUCGGCCAAUUUUUUGAGUCAGGUCGAGACAUUAUCCCGCAGGAUGUCCCGGAAAUCUACCAGAUCUGUUUACGAUGGUGAUUUGGAGGUGAAUACUGAUGAUUUUGAGUUGCUGAAACUUUAUAAAACCUUUCUUUACCAUGCUGAACAAGAGGGUCUCAUUCUUCGUGAAUUGGGUGUGUCUUUUGAGAACUUGUCUGUCUAUGGAAAAGACCAAACUUACACAUACUUGCAGACCAUGUCAGAUGUUUUGAAAGGACCAUAUGGAGCCAUCCGCUCUGCAAAGGAGGCCAAGAAAAUUUCAGAUCGCGCCAUCUUGGACAGUUUUGACGGACUUGUCAAGAGUGGUGAGAUGCUCUUGGUCUUAGGAAGACCAGGUUCUGGGUGCUCCACAUUUUUGAAGACAAUCAGUAACACCGACACAGAGAUGUAUACAGGCCUUGAGGGCGAAAUUGUAUACGACGGUAUUGAACGGGACGAAAUGUGGAAACAUUUCUCUUCAGACUUGAUCUACAACCCAGAGUUGGAUGUGCACUUUCCUCAUUUGACGGUCAAGCAAACUUUGGACUUUGCGCUUGCUUGCAAGACUCCAAAUAAGAGGGUUAACGAUAAAUCCGUUCAAGAGCACAUUGACUAUAACAGGGACUUGUUGGCGACUGUUUUUGGGUUGAGACACACAUACAGCACCAAAGUAGGAAAUGACUACGUACGUGGUGUUUCUGGUGGCGAGAGGAAAAGAGUUUCGAUUGCCGAGGCUUUGGCCUGCGCAGGAAAGAUUUAUUGCUGGGAUAACGCCACUCGCGGUCUUGACGCUUCCACUGCAUUGGAAUAUGCUCAAGCUAUCAGGGUAUCGACAAACUUGUUGAAGAAAACAGCAUUUGUCACGAUUUACCAGGCUGGUGAAAAAAUUUACGAGACAUUUGACAAAGUCACCGUUUUGUAUAACGGAAAGCAAGUAUACUUUGGACCUGUGACAGAGGCGAAGGCCUACUUCGAGAGAAUGGGUUUUGAGUGUCCACCCCGACAAACGACUGCCGAAUUCUUGACUGCUGUCACGGACCCGGCCGGAAGGUUCCCUUUCAAGGGAAUGGAAGACAAAGUGCCGCAAACACCUGAAGAAUUUGGCAACUACUGGAAAAACUCUCCUGAAUACAGCAGACUUCAGCAAGAUAUCAAGAAAUACAAGCAGCAAUUUUCUACUGAAGAAACGAAGGCUGCUUUGCUUGAGUCUAUCAAGCAGGAGAAGCAAAAGUACCAAAGAGUUGGCUCCAAAUACACUGCAAACAUCUUCCAACAGCUCAAGUAUAACUUGAAGAGGUCUUUUCAAAACAUUGUUGGUGAUAGUGCGUUCACUGUGAUUCAGGUCGCCGCUGCUAUUUCACAAGCCCUCAUCAUAGGGUCACUAUAUUAUAACACACCUGAAACUGUUAAUGGAGCUUUCUCGAGGGGUGGUGUCAUUUUCUUCUCAGUGUUAUACAUGUCUUUAUCUGGGAUGGCAGAGAUUUCGAACGCUUUCGGUGCUAUACCCAUACUCAUGAAGCAAAGAAACUAUAAGCUCUAUCACCCUGCUGCAUUCGCCUUGGCCGAUUCUGUUUCCUUCAUCCCCGUUUCUGUCCUCACCAAUAUUGCAUUUUCCUUGAUACUUUAUUUUUUGGCUAAUUUGAAAAGAGAAGCAGGAAAAUUUUUCACCUUUGUUCUUUUUACCAAUUUGGUUUCCCUUGCGAUGAAUUAUUUAUUCAAGGCAACUGCUGCUUGGAACAAGAGUAUCGCGGGUGCCAACGCCAUAGGAGGUGUCUUUAUUUUGGCCUCGUUGAUGUAUUCAUCCUAUAUGAUUCAAAGACCAUCAAUGCAUCCUUGGUUCAAAUGGAUCUCAUACAUCAACCCUGUUCUUUACGCCUUUGAAGCCAUGCUUGCCACCGAAUUUCAUGGAAGGAAAAUGCCUUGCGAUGCUUCCAGAUUGACGCCGAGCGGACCCGGGUACUCUUCGACUAAUAACACUGUGUGUGCUUUUGUCGGGUCCGUAAAAGACCAAACUUGGGUAGACGGAGACCGGUACAUCAAGUUGUCAUAUGAGUAUUCAUUCUCACACGUAUGGCGUAACUUCGGUAUUCUUAUUGGUUUUAUCAUCUUCUUCAUCGGUGUUGGUGCUCUUGGAUUUGAGGUAGUACGUCCGAUAAACGGUGGUAUCGAUAGACUUUUCUUUUUGAGAGGUAAGAAAUCCACCCAAAUAGUUAUGUCAGGAGAAGGAGCAAUGGAGGAUGAAGAAUCUGGACCCGCCACGAGUGCCAACUUGGAAAAAUCGAAUACUUCUCCUGCAGAAAUUCUCGAUGACUUGUCUCUGAAAGAUAUUUUCGUUUGGAAAGACGUCAACUAUGUGAUCCCCUACGAGGGCAGUGAAAGAAAACUCUUGGAUUCUGUUUCGGGGUUCUGCUUGCCAGGUGCCUUAACGGCAUUGAUGGGUGAAUCUGGAGCAGGUAAGACUACGUUGUUGAACACUUUGGCUCAGAGAAUCGAUAUGGGUGUGAUUACGGGCGACAUGCUAGUGAAUGGAAAGCAUUUGGACUCUACUUUUGUACGCAGAACUGGAUAUGUACAACAGCAGGAUAUUCACAUGGCUGAGUCCACUGUGAGAGAGUCGCUUCAAUUUGCUGCUAGAAUGAGAAGACCCAAGUCCAUUCCAGAUGCUGAAAAAUUGGAUUACGUUGAGCAGAUAAUCAAGGUCCUUGACAUGGAAGCUUAUGCGGAUGCCAUAAUCGGCUCCCCUGGUUCGGGUCUUAACGUGGAACAGCGCAAGAAAUUGACUAUUGGUGUUGAGCUUGUUGCGAAACCUUCGCUUUUGCUUUUCUUGGAUGAGCCUACUUCAGGCUUGGACUCUCAAUCUGCUUUGUCAAUUGUUCAAUUGCUUAGAACCUUGGCCAACGCGGGCCAAGCCAUCUUGUGUACCAUUCAUCAGCCUUCUUCUACUUUGUUUGAAGAAUUUGACCGAUUGUUGCUCUUGAGAAAAGGAGGACAGACUGUUUACUUUGGUGACAUUGGUGAGCACUCCAAAGACAUCACCACAUACUUUGAGAGCCAUGGCGCAAGAAAGUGUUCCUCUGCUGAAAAUCCUGCUGAGUAUAUCCUUGAAGUGAUUGGCGCUGGUGCGACAGCUGCCAGUGAAAAGAACUGGUUCGACGUAUGGCAAUCAUCUACAGAGAGGAUCAAAGCCGAGGAGAGAAUCGAUGAGCUCAUCGCAGCAGGAAGUUCUAGAGCUCCAAUGACAAAGGACGACCCAUUAAACAGCAAGGAACUUAAACUGAAAUAUGCUGCCAGUGUUUCUGCGGAGAUGAAAUAUGUGACUUGGAGAACUGCAUUGGCCUUCUGGAGAAACCCGGAGUACAUUAUGGCUAAGAAUAUGUUAAUGUUGAUUAAUGGUUUGUUCAUCGGUUUCACAUUCUAUGAUUUGAAGCACACCACAACAGGCAUGCAAAACGGAUUGUUCUGUGGGUUUUUGUCUAUGGUGGUCUCAGCUCCUUUGAUCAAUCAAAUUCAAGCUCAGGCUUUGGAUAUCAGAGAGACGUACGAAGGAAGGGAGAAAAUGUCAAACACAUACCGUUGGUGGGUUAUGGUACUUUCAGAAUUUUUGAAUGAAGUCCCAUACACCGUUUUUGCUGCCACAUUGUUGUACGUGCCAUUGUUUUUUGCAACCAAGGCUGAUACAGAUGCGUCACACGCUGGUGUAUUCUUUCUUUCAUAUGCGAUUUUCUUGGAGCUCUUCAACAUAUCAUUCGGUUUGAUGUUGGCAUAUUUUGCACCUGAUGUACAGUCCGCUGCUGUAUUGGUAUCCUUUUUUUACAGUUUCAUUGUCUCCUUUUCUGGUGUUGUGCAGCCAGUCUCCCUCAUGCCUGGAUUCUGGACGUUCAUGUACAAAGUGAGUCCAUACACUUACAUUAUUCAGAACUUGGUUCUGUCUAUUUUACACGGAAGAGUUGUGUCCUGCUCAAGUACUGAAUUCUCUGUCUUUGAUCCACCCAGUGGUCAAACUUGUGGCGAAUAUAUGAAGGAUUAUCUUGAGACUGCGACAGGUUACCUCAGAGACGAAAAUGCAACGUCCGAUUGUGGAUACUGCCCUUACUCGAAUGCUGAUCAAUAUCUUGCUACCGUUGGUAUCAAAUACAGCUAUGUGUGGAGAAACAUUGGCUUUUUCUGCGCUUACACCAUUUUCAACCUUUGCGCCUGUCUUUUGUUGUAUAAAUUUGUCAGAUUGACGAAGUACAAUUUCUCCCUCUCAUUUUUGAAGAAUAAGAAGAAAUGAGCGCAACCGGAAUCAAUCAGAAAUUCGAAUGUACAUAGUUUUUAAGCCAUAUGCGAUGAUUUGUAUUUUUUUUCCAAGAAACAUAAUAUUAUAGGGUGUCA